UAGUCUUUGUCCCUGGACUGCUGUGCCUCAUUAGUCCCGUUUUGUUUUAUGGGGCUCGGGUUUAUAUUCUGAGCACAUUUUUUUCCUGUGUAACAUUAGCAUUGUGCAACUCAGAAGCUCCCGGAAGAACUGAAAUUCAAAAGGAAUCUUUGAGAUACAGACCUCCUUCCCCUCCCUGCCUCAACCAGGGAACCUUUUCAGACUGUCUCUUCCCAGAAUGUCAGGAGAGUCCAGAGCGUUGGCCUGCCAUGUUCCAAAAGAACAAGAAGGACUUAUAGUUGUGAAGGUUGAGGAAGAGAAUUAUGUUUGGGGGCAGGAAUUUGGUCUUCAGGGAAGCCCCCAUAGCCAGGAAAUCUUCCGUCAGCGGUUUAGGCAGUUUGGGUACUCUGACUCCUCUGGGCCCCGGGAGGCUCUGAGCCGACUCCGGGAGCUUUGCCACCAGUGGCUGAGGCCAGAGACACACUCCAAGGAGCAGAUUCUGGAGCUGCUGGUGCUCGAGCAGUUCCUGGCCAUCCUGCCUGAGGAGCUGAAGGCCUGGGUGCGAGAACAUCAGCCAGAAAGUGGAGAGGAAGCCGUGACUAUGCUGGAGGAGCUGGAGAAAGAACUCGAUGAACCAAGGCUACAGGAUACAGCUCACGGCCAGGAAAUGAUCUGGAAGGAAAUGACAUCCAUGGGAGCAUUGAAGUCUCUGAGUAGUCAACUUCAGCCCUUGGAAAACCAAUACAGGAGUGAAACUCAUGACUCCCAGGCUUCCCAUGAGAGAGAUGACAAGAUGGUGGCUGACAGAAUGCUGACUGAAAAGCAGGAAAUUAUUGAAUGUGUUACAUCAGCAGCCUUUAUAUCCCCAGGAAGACUACCUGGGAAAACUCCUUCAGGACGGAUAGUUGAAGAUGCUUUAGGAGGUCCAGACAGCUUUGAGAAACAAAGAGGAAAUGCUGCAAGGAACAAACUGAGUCAGCUCCCUUCGCAGGAAAUACAUUUCAGUCUGGCAGCUUUCAACAAGAAAAUCCCCACAGAAGAGACUGUUCUUGAACGUAAUCAAAGUGAAGAAAAUCUCAGUCUGUACUCAAGUGUUAUUACACAACAAAGAAUUCACACUGGGGAAAAGCUUUUUAAGUGCUUUGACUGUGGGAAAUCCUUCUUACAGAACUCAAAGCUGAUUAGACAUCAGAGAAGUCAUACUGGUGAGAGACCAUAUGCAUGUAAAGAAUGUGGCAAAGCCUUUAGUUUGAGCUCAGAUCUUGUUAGACAUAAGAGAAUUCAUAGUGGUGAAAAACCUUAUGAAUGUUGUGAAUGUGGAAAAGCUUUCAGGGGCAGCUCAGAGCUUAUUAGGCAUCGGAGAAUUCACACUGGAGAGAAGCCUUACAAAUGUGAAUGUGGGAAAGCCUUCAGCCGGAGAUCAGCCCUUAUUCAGCAUAAUAAAAUUCAUACUGGAGAUAAAGGCUAUGAAUGUAAUGAGUGUGGAAAGGCUUUUGGCAGAAGCUCUAUCCUUAUGGAACAUCAAAGAAUUCACACUGGAGAAAAACCUUAUGAAUGUAGUGAAUGUGGAAAAUCCUUCAAUCAGAGCUCAGCCCUCACUCAACAUCAAAGGAUCCACACUGGGGAGAAGCCUUAUGAAUGCAGUGAAUGUAGGAAAACAUUUAGGCAUAGAUCAGGCCUUAUGCAGCAUCACAGAACUCACACCAGAUUUUAACUCCUUGGGUAAGAGUUGUGCUGUUGUGAAAUGCUAGUAAUUAAUUUUGGGGAUGAUGCCACAGAAGAUAGAAGUUUCCUGAGAGCAAGUUUUUGUCCUUCUAGCCCUGUUCAGUACUGUAACAGGCUAUCCACACAAAGAUGCUUUAUUGUGAUCGAUCAAAGUGACAGAUGAGCAUUUUCAGCCAGGUCUUCUCCAAAAGAAGAUGGUAGGUAUUGGUUAGAUGCCUAAUUUCUGGAUGAGAGAUCUCAUCAACCCAGAUAUAACUGUUGUUGGGCACUUUUGCAGUAAGUUCAGGAUUGGGGCAGAGAUGUUGAAAGAGAGCCAU